AUGGCUGGUUCUACAACGGGAUCCCCUGCACCCUCAACACUCAAGAAGUGCAAGUCUAUCACUCUGUCAGCUCCGAAGGAGCUGAAGAAGCAGAAGAGUGUGGACGGGCCAUUCUCAGGCCUUGAUCUGGAUCCGCGCGGGUCAGAUCCUCUGGAAGACCCGGACCUGUGGGAGCCGGACCCGCAGCUCACGGAUCCACCCACGGAUAGAGCCGGUUACUAUGAACAUUCAGUCGUAGCUGUAAACAUCGCAAGCGCGAGCACAAGCGCGAUGCGGGCGCAAGGCAGGCAACGUGCCAAUGCGGGCGCGGUGGGCGAGGGCGUGGUGGGUGACGCUGGGGAUGUGGGCAAGGUGGGCAUGGGCGUGGUGGGCGACGCGGGUGUGAGGCGUGCAGGCGAGGGCGUGACGAGCGAGACACGAGCUGCACGAGGAGACGUGGGCGAUGCGCGCGACGUGGGGUGGCGGGAGGGCGGAUGA